ACCUUAUGAUCUGUCGUCAGCGGCAGCAAGUCUUCUCUUUCUGACAUUCACACCACUAACAUUAAAUGCCUGUAAGUCUGUUUACAAUGCCUGGGUCUCUACCUACCAAUUAUGAAGCCUGUUGGCCCCAAGAUGUCGGCAUCAUUGCUAUGGAGGUCUACAUUCCCUCUCAAUACGUCGAUCAGGCAGAACUGGAGGAGUUUGAUGGUGUCGGAGCUGGGAAAUACACUAUUGGUCUUGGCCAGGCGCGUAUGGGUUUCUGCUCAGACCGGGAGGACAUUAACUCUCUGUGCCUGACUGUUGUGCAGCGGCUUAUGGAAAGAAACUGUCUAUCGUAUGACAGUGUGGGAAGAUUGGAGGUGGGUACAGAGACCAUCAUUGACAAGUCCAAGUCUGUAAAGACUGUUUUAAUGCAGCUGUUCGAGGAGUCAGGAAAUACAGACGUCGAGGGCAUCGAUACAACUAAUGCAUGCUAUGGUGGCACCGCUGCUCUGUUCAAUGCUGUCAACUGGGUGGAGUCCAGCUCCUGGGAUGGUCGCUAUGCCCUGGUUGUGGCUGGAGAUAUUGCAGUGUAUGCUACAGGAAGUGCCAGGCCUACAGGAGGGGCCGGAGCAGUGGCCAUGUUAGUAGGGCCCAAUGCUCCUCUGUGCUUUGAACGAGGUAUACGAGGUACCCACAUGCAGCAUGCCUAUGAUUUCUAUAAGCCUGAUAUGGUGUCCGAGUAUCCUGUAGUGGACGGCAAACUGUCCAUCCAGUGUUACCUCAGCGCAUUAGACAGAUGUUACUCAGUCUACCGAAAAAAGAUUCAAGCACAGUGGCAGCGAGAGGGUCUUGAGAGACAUUUCACUCUGGAUGACUUCGGCUACAUGGUCUUUCAUUCUCCCUACUGCAAACUGGUCCAGAAAUCCUUGGCUCGCCUUCUGCUCAACGACUUCCUGUCUCACCCCAACCCUGACACAGAAAGCGGGCCAUUUAAUGGUCUAGAAGCCUUCAGGGAUGUGAAAGCUGAGGACACUUAUUUUGACCGUGAUGUGGAAAAAGCUUUUAUGAAAGCCAGUGCUGAGAUGUUUGAGCAGAAAACAAAGGCCUCCCUUCUCGUCUCCAACCAGAAUGGCAAUAUGUACACACCGUCUGUGUAUGGCUGCUUGGCUUCCGUUCUAGCACAAUAUACACCUCAGCAGCUGGCAGGUCAAAGAAUCGGAGUGUUUUCUUAUGGCUCAGGGUUCGCUGCUUCUCUCUACUCGGUCAAAGUCACACAGGAUGCUACACCUGGAUCUGCACUGGAUAAACUUGUCUCCAGUCUGUCAGAUUUGCAGGCUCGACUGGACUCCAGGAGGAAAGUUUCACCUGCUGUCUUUGCAGAUAACAUGAAGCUUAGAGAGGAGACGCAUCACUUGGCAAACUACGUCCCCCAUGGCUCGGUGGAAGAGCUGUUUCCAGGAACAUGGUACCUGACUCGUGUGGACGAGAAACAUCGCAGGUAUUAUGCAAGCCGUUCCCUGGAUGACGACAGACCCUUAGAGGCAGGACUUAAUGCUUCCGUUACUGCAUCCGAGCACAUUCCCAGCCCAGUAAAGAAAAUGCCUCGCCUCCCAGCCAGCACUGCUCUACCUGAGGCUGUUGCCGUGAGCAACGGAGAUCACUGAAGUUAACCUCUAUGAGGUACACACUCACAGCAGUACGGACACAGGAUCUGGACAUCAAACAAAGAGGAGCAAAGAGCUCAGGAGUCUCGAUCGUAUUUGUAAACGGUGUAAAACACAGCUGCGUGUUGUUGUUGGUUAGAACUGCUCGGUAAAUCACAGCUGUUGUUGGAAUGCAGGUGAAGAAGGAGGAUAGAAUAGACUAAUUGUUUUUGAUACAAGCACAGUUCAGCACACUCAUGGUUUAUGUCUGCUGCUUAGAGGUAAUGAUCUAUGCAGAGAUAGCAGAAUGUAUUUAAAUAAUCCUCACUCAAAUUUCAUAUUUCAUUUUCAUGAAGCCAGUGGGGAUGUUUGUGGAUAUAAGAGGGUUUAUUUUCAUUUUUUUAUUUAGCAAUACUGCUGCUUUCUAAACUUACAGUUUUGACAUUUCUAUCAAAUGCAUGUCUUGUGGUGGAUUUCUAUAUAUGUGCUUUAUCUGCUUUUAAAUCAUUCUUUCAAGUCCACCACCAGUAUGAUAUCAGUUUAGACACAGCUGAGCCAGGUUAUAUUGUUAGAAUCAUUUUAAGAUGUAAGGAUUACAUAUUCCAGUUACACCAUAGCCGUGCACCUGAGAGGCAGCUUCCUGUGUCAUGCAUUUAACCAGCCAACUCUGAACACUCAAAUGCAUGUAAAGAUGCAAACCACCCCAAAUGGCUAGCAUUUCUAAAUACAGACUUUGCCAUCCUUCCCAGCCACUAAGAGCAUGGCUUUAGCAAGUUGUGACUCUGUCAGAUCCAACAACACAGAGAGAACACUGACUGAAAGUCCCAUAACAGUCAAGACUAGACCUGAGUUUUAGCUGCAAGGCACGUUACUAUUGGUCAGUUGACAAGCAAGUAAAAUAUACAAGCAACACUUACUCUGUUGGUAAUUUGGAUACCUUUACAUUAUACAUGACCGUGUCAUAUUUUGUCAUGGGUUGACUUGGCAUGAUUCAUGAAAUUGCAAUGCCUAUGUAAUGUCAAAUUUAAAGUAAAUUAAAUAAUAACAUGAAAUAAAUAUUGUAUUAAUAUUGAUCUUAACUUAAAAUCUGUAACAUCGAUAUAAGAAUGCUAGUAUUUCUUUUAUAAAUGGGACCAAUAUAGAAGGUGCUUGACUGGCGCAGAAGCAUAUGAAUAUAAUUUUAUAUCAGCAUGAAGUGAACAGCAAUACUUUUACUUAAAUGCUUCACUGAUAGUGUCUCAAAUUCAAACAAUAGAAAACACUGAGUACUGUUUGAGGGCUGAGUGGCCUGAAAUGCUUAUCGGAUUGUUUUUUUUAAAAAUAUUUUAUUAGUAUUUAAUCUGAUCCACGGUUACUUUUUUAAUAGUUAUGUUCUGAUCUGAUCUGAUACUAAUUAACUGGCCUAAAAAGCUCUAUUAAAUGCUUGGAUUGAAUGUAAUGGAUUAUAAAUCUAUUAUGGAUUCCAAAUUUCUAUUUUAUGCAUUGGAAUUUAAACUCACAUUACACAGAUUGCCAACAUGAACAUGGACACCAUACUCUUAAAGUCACUAAUAUAAUGUCAGGCUUCUGUAACUUGCUUUCACUAAGCCAGCUUGGGAAAUGUACUUUUGAGUAUUAGUUUCUAAUUAUUUUUUAUUAUCUCCCUAUAGCUUGAUUAGGGCUCUUUUGUGUAUGGGUAUAUAAAUAAGAUCUGUGCAUCUCUAACAUAUAACACAAAGCUUUGUUGGCAUGAUUUCCACCAGUGCAUAUACCUCAGUGGAACCAUAACCGCAUAUUUGACUGGUUAACUGAUACAUCAAUCAGGUCUUACCUUCAUGUUCACAACAGCGGUUCAUGUUCAUCUUGUCCAUUGACCAAUGCGUGAAUGUGUAGUAGCGUCUAAAUGGGCUGAACAUUUACUCAGACGUUGUAUUGUGAACACUUGCUAUUGCUGCAGUCCUUUACAUUUCAUUAGGUCAAGACUUAAUGAGCCAUAACUGUCCCUUAAAAGCCUUAUAAUUCUGAGCAUGUGCACACACAUUGUCAUUCUGAAUAAUGUACAGGUUAUAAAAUAUAUAUUUUCCUUUUUAAAUUUUGCAGCCUGAACAAAUCAACUUUUAACUUGAAUUAGCAAAUGUUUACAAUCAAUUUCUUUGAGAUCAGUUUCGUAUACCAACUUUGGUGAGUAAUGUACAGUACCAACUGUAAAAUUAUUUAUAUUUGUAGAUAUAUAAAAAAUAGUAAAAAUGGAUCAGGUUUAACUUUAGCAGAAUCAAUCUGUAUAAAAUAAUGUAAUCUAUGUAAGUAUGUAUAAAGAGUUUAACUGAAAAUAAAUCUGUUCAUUUAUCAAUGCAGUAUUUUGUGUUUCUAUGUCACUUUUUACAGCCAAUCAAUAAAAUAUCAAAUCUUUUAUUUAUAUAA